AUGGUCAAUAAUCAAGACCAACUCCGCCAACCCAUCUUAGACUCGGAACCCGAAGCCUCCAACCAUGGCGAUGGCUUGGAGUCUCCACUUGAGAAGGUGCUAUCUGACACCCAACUGCCCUCCUUCAAGAGACUCCGCUUGGCCACAUGGAUUGAACUCAAUCUCCUCUUUCGCCUUGCAGCCCCUGCCGUCUUGGUUUAUGUCGUUAACAACUUCAUGUCACUUUCCACCCGUGUCUUCGCCGGCCACCUCGGCAACCUUGAGCUCGCCGCCGCCUCCCUCGGCAACAGCGGCGUCCAACUCUUCGCCUACGGCCUCAUGUUAGGCAUGGGAAGUGCGGUGGAGACUCUAUGUGGACAAGCCUACGGUGCCGAAAAAUAUGACAUGUUAGGCAUAUACCUCCAAAGAGCAACCAUAGUCCUAACCCUCACUGGCCUUCCACUGCUUCUCAUCUUCCUCCUAUCCAAACCCAUCUUGAUCUUAUUUGGUGAGACACCAAAGCUGGCUGCAGCAGCCGCCGUUUUCGUCUACGGUCUUAUCCCACAAAUCUUUGCCUACGCCAUCAACUUCCCGAUACAAAAGUUUCUUCAAGCCCAGAGAAUUGUGGCCCCAAGUGCCUACAUAUCAGCAGCUACACUUGGAGUGCAUUUAGUGCUGAGCUGGGUAGCUGUGUACAAGUUGGGCAUGGGGUUGAUAGGUGCGUCGUUGGUUCUGAGCUUGUCGUGGUGGAUCAUAGUUGGGGCUCAGUUUAUUUACAUCCUAAAGAGCAGUCGGUGCAAGGAGACGUGGACGGGUUUUAGUUUGCAAGCGUUUUCUGGGUUGUGGGAUUUUCUGAAACUAUCGGCUGCGUCGGCUGUGAUGCUGUGCUUGGAGACUUGGUACUUUCAGGUACUAGUGUUGAUUGCUGGGUUGCUCGAGAACCCUGAGCUCGCGUUAAAUUCUUUGGCCGUAUGCAUGGCGAUAUCUGGAUUGUUGUUCAUGGUUUCAGUCGGGUUUAAUGCAGCUGCAAGUGUGAGGGUAAGCAACGAGCUAGGUGCUGGGAAUCCAAAGUCAGCAGCUUUCUCAAUUCUAGUGGUAACAAUUGUGUCGUUUAUGAUUGCUGUCGUGGAAGCUGUGGUUGUGCUCUCCUUCCGUGACGUCAUCAGCUACGCCUUCACCGACGGUGAAACCGUGGCCAAUGCCGUCUCCCACCUCACUCCUUACUUGGCCAUCACUCUUAUCCUUAACGGGAUUCAACCAGUCCUGUCCGGGGUGGCUGUUGGAUGUGGAUGGCAAGCAUUUGUGGCGUAUGUGAAUGUUGGAUGCUAUUACGUGGUUGGGAUCCCAUUAGGCUGUCUUCUUGGAUUUAAGUUCGACCUUGGUGCUGAGAAGCUCCCACUACAUAAUACUACUUCUUCCAACUUAGCAUAUAUCGAGUUGGAUAAGAAAAGGGAUCUGGACAGGGAUGAUAGGAGGAACAUUAAUGCAGACCAUCAUCCUACUGUGGGUAACAUUUCGUACGGACUGGAAUAA